GGCUAUGUGAUCAAGAUGGCGGCCUCCUUGUGUCAGUGUUAUCAGCUAUGUGUCAGAAGAAGCUGUCUGCUUUUGACCAGUCGAUCCUACACGACCCUACAUAACAGAGCCCAUGUGUACAGAGUAUGUGGGUCUGUCACAAGUUCGUCACAGGUGCGAUAUGCAUCUGGUGGUGGUCGCAAAGGAUUCUUGGGGGAGUUUUUGGAUAAUCUGAAGCAGGAGCUCGGUAAAAACAAAGAGAUGAAAGAAAGCAUUAAGAAAUUUCGUGAAGAAGCCCAAAAAUUGGAGGAAUCGGAUGCUCUUAAACAAGCCAGACGAAAAUUUAAAACCAUUGAGUCUGAAACAGUUAAAACAUCUGAAGUGCUAAAGAAGACACUUGGAUCCCUGUCAGAAACUGUCAAGGAGGGAUUGGAAGAGGUGACUCGUACAGAUCUGGGCAAGAAGAUCAGAGAAGGGGUGGAGGAGGCAGCCAAGACCGCCAAAACCUCUGCAGAGACCGUGACCAAGAGUGGAGAAAAACUGGGCAAGACUGGUGCUUUUAAAGCUAUAUCACAGGGGAUGGAAUCUGUCAAGAAAGAAAUAGGUGACCUUGGACAGAGUGGACCCUACAGACCUCCAGCCAGAUUACGGAAGCGAAGUGAUUUCUCAUCCAAGGCCGCUGGCAACGAAUCCAAAGUCUUUGAGGCUAAUGAGGAAGCUAUGGGAGUCGUCCUGCACAAGGACUCCAAAUGGUACCAGCAGUGGAAAGAGUUCAAGGACAACAAUGCUGUGUUCAACAGAUUCUUCGAGAUGAAGAUGAAGUAUGAUGAAAGCGACAAUGCCCUCAUAAGGGCCUCGCGUGCUGUCACUGAUAAAAUGACCGACCUGAUAGGUGGGCUCUUUUCCAAGACUGAGAUGUCUGAAGUGCUGACAGAAAUUCUAAAGGUGGACCCCUCCUUCGACAAGGACACCUUCCUCAAACAGUGUGAGAAGGACAUCAUCCCCAACGUUUUAGAGUCUAUGAUCCAAGGAGAGUUGGAAGUGCUCAAAGACUGGUGCUACGAAGCUACCUACAGUCAGCUCGCACAUCCCAUACAGCAGGCCAAGGCUAUGGGGCUGCGGUUUCACUCCAAGAUUCUUGACAUUGACAACCUCGAUCUUGCCAUGGGGAAGAUGAUGGAACAAGGCCCGGUGUUGAUCAUCACGUUUCAGGCACAGCUGGUGAUGGUGAUCCGUAACUCUAAGGGAGAGGUGGUGGAGGGAGACCCUGACAAGGUACUGCGGAUGAUGUAUGUGUGGGCGCUCUGCCGGGACCAGGAGGAGCUCAACCCCAACGCCGCCUGGAGACUGCUGGACAUCUCCGCCUCCAGCACCGAGCAGAUCCUCUGAGAGGAGCGCCCAUCCCACAGGACACCUGG